UUGGGCGGUGGGUAGGUCCCCAUGGGUGCCACCGAGGAGCUCAGCAGCUCCACGGCCCCCGUUUUGCCAUUCCUGACAUCUCCCACCAUCUUCCCUCUUGCAGCCGUUUCAUCGGCAAGCGGCAACCUGAUCCAGUUUGCCGACGUGAUCCGGCAGCUCACCGGCAAGUUCCCGUCUCUGAUCUUCAACGGCUACGGAUGCUAUUGUGGACUGGGCGGAUCGGGGCAGCCCUUGGAUGAGACAGACUGGUGCUGCCACACCCAUGACUGCUGUUACGACAAAGUGUCCCGACUUGGCUGUGACCCCAAAAUGGAGAUUUAUUCCUACUCCUUCCAGGACGGCACCUUAAUCUGCAGCGGGCAAACCAUGUGCCAGAAGAUGAUCUGCGAGUGUGAUAAAGCUGCUGGCCUGUGUUUCCAUAGUGCUGCUGGCACCUAUCGCCUCAAAUAUGCCUACUUCCCAAACCUUCUAUGCAGGAGGGGAAACCCUCCUUGCUAG